AUGGCUUUCCUCUUCGGUGGGAGGGGCCGCCAGAGAUCUCCGGCUGAAAUUGCAAGAUCAUUAAAAGAGGUCCUGCUCAAAUUGGAAGAUAAUCCAAAGGUCGAGGACGAUGUUGCCAAAUACAUGUCCCAGAUGAAGCUGAUUGUCCAAGGCACUCCUGAAGUGGAUUGCAGCCCCGAACAAGUCCACCAACUAGUCUCCUGUAUAAUUCAAGAAGAUAUUCUUUUUGAACUCGCCAAAAGCAUCCGGCUCCUCCCGUUCGAGGCCCGGAAAGACGCCCAAAUUAUCUUCUCCCAUAUCCUCCGCUUCAAACCCGCCAAUGCACAGUCGGGAGAUCCCUCUGCCAUCUCCUACCUCGUUCUGCAGCGGCCUGAGAUCAUUGUCGAGCUCUGCCGGGGCUACGAACACUCUCAGAGUGCCAUGCCAUGCGGUACUAUUCUGAGACAGGCCUUGCAGUAUGAUACCAUUGCUGCACUUAUACUAUAUGACGAGUCGAAACCCCUGGGGAAAGCCGUUCAAUUGAAAGACGUUGAUGUCAGCCAGAAGCAGACCGGCAGGGGACUUUUCUGGCAGUUUUUCACUUGGAUCAACAAAGGCACAUUCGAAGUCAGUGCUGACGCUUUUACCACGUUUAGGGAAAUACUCACAAAGCACAAGCAACUCGUAUCCCAAUACCUCGCUACCAACUACGACCUCUUCUUCACCUUGCAAUAUAACCCUUUACUUCUACUCUCGUCCUCGUAUGUCACAAAACGACAGUCCAUAAAACUGUUGGGUGAACUACUCCUGGACCGCGCAAACUAUGUCAUUAUGACCCAGUAUGUUGCUAGUGGUGACAACCUCAAAUUAACCAUGAACCUGCUCAAGGAUGACCGAAAAAUGGUCCAAUACGAAGCAUUUCACGUGUUCAAAGUCUUUGUUGCGAAUCCAAACAAGAGCGAGGAGGUGAGGAAGAUCUUGAUUAAGAACAAAGGGAGACUAUUGAAGUUUCUGCCAACUUUUCUUGAGGGCAGGACCGACGAUGACCAGUUUCUGGAUGAGAAGAGCUUUCUGGUCAGACAAAUUGAGAUGCUGCCGGAUGAGGGACCAGCAGGCUGA